AUGUUCCUCGGGUUAUCCCAUCUGGCUUUGAGUCUGGGCGUCGCCAGAAUGGUAUCGUCAACGCCUACUCCGCCGCAAGGUCCCGCCGUCAUCUCGUUCCACCUUAACGCCGGUACAUCCAUCUCAUUCCCGGGCGGCGCAUUCAGGGGUCCAACCUUCGUACCUGUCAACAUCCCCGACGAGGGCUUGACUGUCGAGCUGGACGCAGGUGAUGGGAAAGUGACGUGCUCAGUCAAGCGCCUCACGCCAGGUGGAUCUGCCCCAGCUACCAGCCCGGAUGUCUUCACCAUCUCCAAUGGGGGGAAGUACCUGGAGCCGUGCAGUGGCAAGUCAGCAGACUUCGAGAUGACCUGCGGAGAUGCUCUUGGAGGGAAGGCGCCGGUCUGUUAG